CCAGAGAGGGACCCCUAGAGCAGGCUGCAGGGCCAGUAUGAUCCCUGAAUUCCUGUGCCUCCUCUGCUUUGGGCUGUGUGCCGGCCAAGGAAGCAGGACAACUGAUGAGUCCCUUCCCAAGCCCUCCCUCAGGGCCUGGCCCAGCUCGGUGGUGCCUCACAAGAGUAAUGUGACACUGCAGUGCCAAACGUCUACCAAGAAUGUCAACUUUGUUCUCAGAAAGGGAAAAGUUCCACUGCAGUCCGUGCAAUCACGGGCUUCCACAGAGGGCCUGGCUGAAUUUCACCUCACUGACCUAAAAACCGACAAUGCUGGAGAGUACAGCUGUGAGUACUACAGACUAGGGAGCCCGUCCGUAAGUUCGCGGCCCAGUGACGUCCUCCUACUGCUGGUGACAGGAGAUUUAACAAAACCUUCCCUCCAAGCCCACCAAAGGGGUGAGGUGACCGCAGGAGACACCGUGACCCUGCAGUGCCAGAGGCCAGACAAUAUUUUCGCGCCUGUAAUGUUCGCUCUACUGAAGGCGGGGGCAGCAGAGCCCAUACGGGUCCAGAGUCCUGCAGGGAAGGAGACGGACUUCUCCCUCCGGACUGUGACAGUCAGUGAUGCCGGGAACUACAGCUGUGUGUACUUUCUGAUGAGGGCUCCCUUCCUGACCUCACAGCCUAGUGAUCAUCUUGAGAUCCGGGUGACAGCUCCCCCAGAUGCCAUGUCGGGGGAUUACAUCAUGGGCAACCUCAUCCGACUGGGUCUGGCUGCCAUAAUUGUGGUGAUUAUGGGGGCUCUCGUGGUGGAAGCCUGGUGCAGCCAGAAGGAGUCUCCACGUGGAUCGACCUGAAACAGCUGAGCGCCUCUCUUGUUCAUGGGCUGGUGUAGUGACACGGGGUUCUCUAAACACCAAACUCUACCAUGGGACUUCUUGUGUUUUUCAACAUGGGCACAGAUGGCUUUUUGGUAGGAUAUUUCUUCACCAUAUGGGACUGUCCUGUUCAUCGUGGGAACAUUUAGCACCGUUCCUCUUUCCCAUUAAAGAGCAGUUGAAGCCCCAGUCAUUGUGGAAGAAGAUAACAAGCAAGUACUACUGUACUUUUCCAACACCCCUAGAUAUGGAGGAUGGGAGUGGGGUGGUGUUCCCCUGGCGGAGAGCCCGUGUUUGGAGGCCAGGAGAAAUAUUCCUUCUCUUCCUCCCUUUCCGAUCUCACAUCUGUCCUUCUACACAUAGGCUCCUCAGCUGUCCAGGGGGAAUGAUGCAUCCUUGAUCAAGUAAACAGCUUGUGUGAGAUCUGGUUCUCCUCUACCCUGGGACAGAAGGUGCACAUGAGGAGAUUUGGGAAGCUUGCAGAUGAGAUGUGAUCCCACUCAUUUCCUGACAUUACCUAAGACCCAAAGUGGCCCCUGCAUCUCCUGACAGUAUCAUCUAGGAUAGUGACAGGAGUGACCAGGAACUGUCCCCCAUAUUGAAGGCUUCUUGGUGCUCAGGAUGACAUAAAUUAAGAUAGUUUCAUUUGGUUGUAAAAUUUUUUGUGUGUCAAAAUCAAAAUUAAUAAGGUAUAUGGCACCAGCUCACUUUUACUGUUACUAGGAUACAGAAAAGUGGAAUUUAACCACAAAUUCCAUACCAAUUAAGUGUGAUACAGCCUUCCACAGUGUUUUGGUAAAAGUAAAAGCAUCAUGACAUCCUGGUGUUCCAUU